AUGGGCCGUUGGUGGCGCGGCGGGGAACACCACACUUUCGCGGUUGAAAAGGGCAUCGGCCGGUCGAUGCAGAUCAACGUCGACAUUGUCGUCAACAUGAAGUGCAGCGACCUCCACGUCAACGUUCAGGAUGCGUCGGGCGACACCAUCUUUGCCGGCAUGUUGCUCAAGAGGGAGGAUACCGCCUGGAGCCAGUGGGCCGACGGCAAGGGCGUGCAUAAGCUCGGCGCCGACUCUCAGGGCCGCAUCAUGACGGGCGCCGGCUACGACGAGGAAGGCUUUGGAGAGGAGCACGUCCACGACAUCGUCGCCGCGGGCAAGAAGAAGGCGAGGUGGCCCAAGACCCCCAAGGUCAAGGGUAAGGCGGAUAGCUGCCGCAUCUUUGGGAGCAUGGAUUUGAACAAGGUGCAAGGAGACUUCCACAUCACCGCCAGAGGCCACGGCUACAGGGGUGUCGGUGAGCAUCUGAGCCAUGACGAAUUCAAUUUCAGCCACAUCAUCUCCGAGCUGUCCUUUGGGCCCUUUUAUCCUUCUCUCGUCAACCCGCUCGAUCGUACGGUGAACGUCGCCAAAGCCCACUUCCACAAGUUCCAGUACUUCCUGUCCGUCGUGCCUACGAUAUACACCGUCGGCACCAAGGGCAAACCCUCCAACACCAUCCUGACCAACCAGUAUGCCGUGACCGAACAGAGCAAGGAGACCACGGAGCACUCCAUCCCCGGCAUUUUCUUCAAGUACGACAUCGAGCCCGUGCUGCUCACCGUUCAGGAGACCCGCGCCGGCCUGUUCGUCUUUAUCAUCAAGAUUGUCAAUGUCCUUAGCGGUGUCGUUGUGGCGUGCCACUGGGGUUUCACCCUCAGCGACUGGCUCAAGGAUGUCUUGGGAAAGAGGAGACGAAGCACCCAGGGUGUUUUGGGCUCCAAGGGCGAGGAGGAAGAAUAG